CCUAUUCUUUUCCCCCUCCACCUCCUGUUUUAUCUUGGACUCCAGGUAGUAGAAGGAGAAAACAAGAGCCUGAGUGGGGCAUUUUGGUUUUCACCUUGUGAAGUAACAAAAUGCAGAGAAAAGAAUGGAACUUUCUUUGUUCCCUUUUUGUUUUCUCUUCAUUACUUGAAUCAACUGGACGAAACAGAAAUCACUCUUUUGUUUUUCUUCUCUCUCUCUCUCUAAAUUGGGAGAAUCCUGCUUCUGGGUUCUGAAUAGAUUCCGGAUUUGUGUUUGUUUUGUAUUCCACUUCAGUCAUUUACAUUCAGUAGAACUAAAAUCCCAUCAGAAUACACAGUUCAUUGGUACAAAUCCGGAUAGCUAUAUGAAGUUGUGAAAAAAUGAGAGAUGGGAACUCCAAGAAAAGCAAGCUUUCAUGGCCCAAGACACUGGUCAAGAAGUGGUUCAACAUCAAGAGCAAAGCUGAUGACUUUCAUGCUGAUGACCUCGAUUAUCGAGGUGGUGAUGAAGAUUGGAGGAACAAUUUCUCAGAUUGGGAGGCAUGCAAUAUCAAGAAAAGCAAAACAGAGAGAUUGAACAAGAGGAGCUCUGAUCGAGUUCGCCGGAGUAAGAUUGAUCUUGAUGCCUCACAAGUUACUGAUGUUCAUAAUUACGGGAUUUUUGUAGCUACAUGGAAUGUGGCUGGAAAAUCUCCUCCAAGUUAUUUAAGUCUUGAAGAUUGGCUUCAUACUUCUCCUCCUUCAGAUAUUUAUGUUCUUGGGUUUCAAGAGAUUGUUCCUCUGAAUGCUGGUAAUGUUCUGGGAACAGAAGACAAUGGCCCAGCAAGAAAAUGGUUGGCUCUGAUUAGGAAGACUCUAAAUAGUCUUCCUGGCACUAGUUAUGGCUUCCACACACCUUCCCCAACCCCUGAUCCAAUUGUAGAAUUGGAUGCAGACUUUGAGGGCUCGACAAGGCAAAAGGCCUCAUCUUUCUUUCACCGGCGAUCAUUUCAAUCCCUGAGUCGCAGCAUGAGAAUGGAUAAUGAUAUGUCAGUGCCACAACCCCAACUUGAUCGUAGGUUCAGUGUCUGUGAUCGAGUUAUAUUUGGGCAUAGGCCAAGUGAUUAUGACCCCAAUUUCAAAUGGGGUUCAUCUGAUGAGGAGAAUGGACCAGGAGAUUCACCAGGCAAUACUCUCUAUUCACAGUACUCACCAAUGUCCUAUGGUGGAUCCUUUGCCAUGGAGGAAAGCUUUAGGCAAGCAGGGCAAUCAAGAUACUGUUUGGUGGCCAGCAAGCAGAUGGUUGGAAUAUUCUUGACAGUUUGGGUGAAGAGUGAUCUCCGAGAUUAUGUUCACAACAUGAAAGUGUCUUGUGUUGGCAGAGGAUUGAUGGGUUAUCUUGGCAACAAGGGCUCCAUUUCAAUUAGCAUGUCUUUGCAUCAAACAAGCUUUUGCUUCGUCUGUAGCCACUUAACCUCUGGGCAGAAGGAGGGAGAUGAGUUGCGAAGAAACUCUGAUGUCAUGGAGAUCCUUCGAAAGACAAGGUUUCCCAGGGUUCAUGGUGUGGGAGAUGAGAACUCUCCCCAGACGAUUCUAGAGCAUGAUCGAAUUAUUUGGCUUGGAGACUUGAAUUAUCGGAUUGCUUUGUCGUACCAUUCUGCAAAGUCUUUAGUUGGGAUGCGCAACUGGAAGGCAUUGUUAGAGAAGGACCAGCUUCGGAUAGAGCAGAGGCGAGGGCGUGUUUUUGAGGGAUGGAAUGAAGGGAGAAUAUAUUUUCCUCCUACAUACAAGUAUUCAAAUAAUUCAGAUAGAUAUGCUGGGGAUGAUAGGUACCUGAAGGAGAAGCGAAGAACUCCUGCUUGGUGUGAUCGAAUUUUGUGGUAUGGAAGAGGCCUCAAUCAGUUAUCUUAUGUUUGUGGGGAGUCAAGGUUCUCAGAUCAUAGGCCUGUUUACAGCAUAUUCUUAGCAGAGGUUGAGUCAGUUAGCUGCAGCCGAAUCAAGAAAAGCAUGAGUUGUUCCAGCUCGCGGGUAGAGGUUGAGGAGCUAUUGCCUCAGUCACAUGGAUUUACUGAACUGAGCUUCUUUUGAGGGAUGAAUUUCUCAAGGAUACCAUAUUUCAAUCUGCUCCAAUUGAGGAAAAUGAAACAUUGGUUCAAUGUGCUGUUCUAUCCGGUAAUUCAUGCUUUUCUUGAGAAGGAGACCAAGAAACAGACCUAUGAAAUGACUUUUACCUUAGAACGGAAGCAAGUUUUUUUUACCUCUUAACAGAAUAUUUACCUGAUCAUUUUUCAUGAAGAAAGUGCAAUUUCCCAAGGAAUUUGAACGCUGUGGUCUUCUCAACCGUUAAGGUGGGCACAGCUUUGUAGAAAUUAGCCACAGAUCAUGACAGAGACAUUCUGUUGUCUAUAGUGCAAAAAAAAUAAGGAUGAAAUUAGAAGUCCAGAAUUCCAUUUGAAAAAUUGGAGAAGAUAGAGAAUUAGGGGAAGAUUCUUUACCGGAAAACUGAAGUGCAUUUCCCUUGAUAUUAUGGGCCACCUUUUUAUCCAUGGUUAAAAAUAAUGCAGAUUGCGUAAAAUGAACUGCACUAUUGCACACUAGCACUCUCAUUCUUUAAUCUGUACAGAGAAAAAAUUAAAGGUGAAAAAGAAGAGAUGAUCAAAUGGGUGUGGUUAUUUUCUUUUUGUUUCCUUUGUUGGAGAGAAGUGAUGUGAUGGGUACUACCACUACUCAUUACUUAUGUCUGAAAGAGAAGUUUUGAGUUAUGUGAAGCUUCUUUUUUUCUGUUGCUGCUAAUAAUUUUGUUUACUGAUAAAGAAAAGCCAAUUUGGGUGAUUGUGCUUCUGUCUAUACUUAUAUCUCAAACUUACAUUUCGAUGCAUUGAGAUCUCAAAGUACAAACAAAAGGAAACAGGAAAGAGGAAAAGAGAAGUGUGCACUGGAAAAAGGAGAACUCCACCGUCUUUAACAAUGAAAAUUAUUGAAGUUA